AUGGAGAAACCGCGUCUCUACUAAAAAUACAAAAUUAGCCAGGCGUGGUGGUGCAUGCCUGUAAUCCCAGCUACUCAGGAAGCUGAGGAGGAGAAUCGCUUGAACCCAGGAGGCAGAGGGUGCAGUGAACCAAGAUCUCACCAUUGCACUCCAGCCUGGGCAACAAGAGCGAAACUUCAUCUCAAAAUAAUAAGUUUGCAAUCUCUGAAUAUGUACCAAAUGGAGCCGGGGUGGGGAGUAUUGGACAAGCCACCCACUGCAGAGCCCCCGGCUCUCACUCGUGGACUGAGUGCACGGGACACAGCCAUUCGGAAAGCUCUUUCUUUGGGAGUGGGACUGGGUGCUCUGGUUUUGGUUUGCUUGUUUUAUCAUUUUGUGACAUUGGCACCUAUUCUUCAGGUUGCAUCCUUGCCUUGCUUGCUUGAAGCUGGAGCACGAAUGUUCCAUCACCCUGUAACAAUACAAGUAUGCGUCAUCCCUGCGAGGCUUAGCUUGGGAAGCGGAACCUCCAGGAACCGCCUUCUGUGGUCUGCCUGCCACUUCACACUGUUGCUCUCAUUUCAGUCACUGAGGCCCUUUCUUUCCUCCAGGGACAUGGUGCUGCUCUCUAAGCUCUGACUCCAGCGUGACUUUCAUAUUGCUCCUCCAGAUAGCGGUGGCAGUGGCAUUUGCAAAAAGGCUAUUUGA